CAGCGCUCUGACAGCCAUCCAAGCCGCCGCUCACGCUCAGGUUCUUCCAACGAUAACAUCCACGCACACACCCAGACACAUGCCCACGCACGUCCUUUCCCGAUAGCGGUAAAGCAGCACAGCAAUACGAUUGCCCUUUGCGUUGCGCCACCCGGCCCCGUAGGCCGCCGCUAAGUCGGGGCUGUUUGUCCCACCCUUCCUCCAUCAUGGGCAUUCCUGCUGCGUUCCGAUGGCUCUCCAACAAAUACCCCAAGAUUAUAUCGCCUGUGGUCGAGGAGCAGCCUGUCACAAUGGACGAUGGGACCGUUGUUCCCGUUGACACAACACGACCUAACCCCAACGGCGAGGAACUCGAUAACCUCUACCUCGACAUGAACGGCAUUGUGCACCCUUGCUCUCACCCGGAGGACAGGCCUGCUCCUAAGGACGAGGAGGAAAUGAUGCUCGAGGUUUUCAGGUAUACAGACCGUGUCGUCAACAUGGUGCGCCCACGGAAGCUGCUUAUGAUUGCUGUUGACGGUGUCGCCCCGCGCGCCAAGAUGAAUCAACAGAGGUCGCGCCGCUUUCGCUCCGCCCAAGAAGCCAAGGAGAAGGAGACCGACAAGCAAGAACUCCUCAAGCUUGUCAAGCAGCAGAAUGGAGGCGUCCUGCCCCCCGAGCACGCCGACACUAUCGCAAAAAAGGCCUUCGAUACCAACUCCAUCACCCCCGGCACGCCUUUCAUGGAUAUACUCGCCGCCAGCCUGCGCUACUGGUGCCAGUACAAACUUAACACUGACCCGGCCUGGGCCAAGCUCAAGGUCAUCAUAUCCGACGCGACUGUGCCUGGCGAGGGUGAGCACAAGAUCAUGUCCUACGUCAGAUCGCAGCGCGCCUCCCCAGACCACGAUCCGAAUACGCGACACGUCAUAUACGGCCUGGACGCUGAUCUCAUCAUGUUGGGCCUCGCCACACACGAGCCAUAUUUUAGGGUUUUGCGCGAAGAUGUCUUCUUCCAGGACAGCAGGGCGAGAACGUGCAAGCUGUGCGGCCAGAAAGGCCACGAGGCGCGCAACUGCCGUGGCGAGGCGAAGGAGAAGAAUGGCGAUUUCGACGAGAAAGACAACGUCCCAGCGCUUAAGCCGUUCAUUUGGCUCCACGUCUCCGUGUUGAGAGAGUACCUCGCCGCUGAGUUGGCUGUUCCCGGAUUACCAUUUCGCUUCGACAUAGAGCGUGCCAUUGACGACUGGGUGUUCAUGUGUUGCUUUGUUGGCAAUGACUUCCUGCCUCAUCUCCCUGCUUUGGAGAUUCGAGAGCAUGGGAUCGACACCUUGACAGCUAUUUGGCGCGAUAACCUUCCGUCGAUGGGCGGAUACGUUACCAAGGACGGCCAUAUCGAUUGGACUCGCGCUCAAUGUAUACUGGAUGGGCUUGCGAGACAAGAGGACGCCAUAUUCAAACGGCGGAAAGAACAAGAGGACCGACGUGAGGCCAAUGCCAAGCGAAGAAAGGUGCAGCACAAUGGCGGCGCGCCCCCAACUGGGCGCCAUGGGUCUGACGGACCUCGAAUGGGUGGCCAUCAAGACCCGUCUCGGGGUCUGCAGCUCCAUCCCAUCGCAUCAUUUCCAACGGAGCCGCCGCAAGCUAUCACGCAUGAUAUGAUCGUCAAUCGCGGCGCCACCAAGGAUGCUACCAUGGCUAACAAGAGCGCUGCAAGCAUUCUCAAAGACCAGCUGCGCGGUAUGCAACAAUCUUCGGAGCCAGGGACCCAGGAACCAUCGUCGUCGCCGUCCAGUCUCGGCAAACGCAAGGCAUCUGAGCUGGAAGACGGUAUGAAGCUUCCAACUAACGCGCCAACGGUCGCCUCCGCACCUAAGGUGUCAGGCGCCGAGCCAGUUGACACAGUCAGGUUAUGGGAGGACGGAUACGCGGACAGGUACUAUCAGCAAAAGUUUCAUAAAAGCCCUGAGGACAUUGCCUUUCGUCGCGAGGUCGCCCGCGCCUAUGCCGAAGGGCUUGCAUGGGUUCUCCUAUAUUAUUUUCAGGGCUGCCCAUCUUGGGACUGGUUUUAUCCGUACCAUUACGCGCCCUUUGCCGCAGAUUUCAAAGAUCUCGCCAGCCUGGACAUUUCUUUCGACCAAGGCUAUACAUCCAGGCCGUUCGAACAGCUGAUGAGUGUGCUGCCCGCCGCAUCUCGUCAUGCCCUGCCGGAGGUGUUCCACAGUCUCAUGACGGACAAAGACAGCGAAAUCAUCGACUUCUACCCAGAGGAUUUCGAGGUCGACCUUAACGGCAAGAAGAUGGCUUGGCAAGGCGUAGCUCUCUUACCGUUCAUCGACAUGAACCGACUUCUCGCCGCUGUUCGUGGCAAGUACCCGCUGCUGAGCGAGGCGGAUGCAGCUCGCAAUGGCGUGGGCCGCGACGUUCUUCUCUUCUCGGACGGCAACGAAGGCUUGUAUGACGAUGUCUUGACGAAGUUUUACUCCAAACGCCAAGCCGCGUCCAAGCUCAAGCUCAAUCCCAAAACAAGUGAUGGGAUGGCGGGCAAGGUCGAGAAGCUUCCAGAAUACGUGCCUCACGGGGCACUGCGGUAUCCUCUGGACAGGCAUGCAAUGCCAGAUCUGGAUUAUGACCGCUCUGUCAGUGUGUAUUACGACUUUCCACAAUCUACGCAGACACACAAGUCCAUGCUCCUCCGUGGGGCGGAAUUACCCGCUCCUAUCCUCACCAGGAGUGACAUUGAAGUAAUCCAGGGCAAGGCGAGUCGGGCCGGAAGAAGUUACGGAGGCGCCCGUCUUGAUCGUGCGAAUGGCCCAGGUGGGCGCCGUGAGCCCAUACACUAUGGCCCACCAGCUGGUGCGACCCGCCCUGGACACGCAGGUGCUGGGGGUUAUGGACGGGUCCAACCAGACAACUUCUCACAUCAUUAUCCGCCACCUCCAGGAGGAGCUGGCUUUGGCAUGGGACUGCCGCCGCCGCCGCCAGCUUAUCACCAAGGCUACCGAUCCCAAAAUAGAGGUAGAGGUCCUCCACCGAACUCUAGGCCUUAUAGAUAAGAGUAGCGCUAUUUAUAUUAAGUAAAACUAUUUAUAAAGCCUAUUUUCUCUAGUUAUAAAGCCGUUUUACUUUUUUUAGAGUUUUAUAAUUAAUAAAUAAAGAAAAGUUUAAAGGU